UUUGAACUGCCGGAGUUCCCGGUGCACCUUCGGAACAAAAUGGUGUCCAUCCAGAAGGGUCAAGUCUCCGAUGACUUGCGGAAAAAAAUUAUCGAUACUCUGUUCUGCGCCCUUUGCUUUCGGACAUUGUACCCUCACCAGCUAUAUGAGGAAGCUGCUAUGGCUCUGGUGAAGAGAUAUCCAAGGCUGGGAGAUGCUUCAGCCUUGGGAUAUAAAACCUGGCAGGCAAGUCUGCGGUACAAAGGAAAGAAUGUAAGGAGAAGGUUGCCUCCUGGGAAUGUGGAAGUGGACAUGGCCCGAGAGGAAUCCCGCAUCCAAAAGGAAAGGAGGUCCCUUGAAGCAGCAGCCGAGAGGGAGGAACGCACCGACGAAAUGACAGGUGCAGCAAUUGCGAAACGACGCGUCUGCAAACCAUAUUUCGGAGUUGGUGAAGACGAAUACAGCAUCAAUGGGCAUAUCGCCUACAUGGUGGUUGAGACCAAGAAAGCCCUCUGGGAUCGGGAGAAAAUCCUCAACGAGUUCGAGAGGAGAACCGACAAGAGCGCGGAGGAAGGCCUGAGACGCAAGCGGCGAGGAGAAAGACCGCAUCCUCACCUGCGCAGCCGUCGAACUCCUGCCUCGACUUGUAAAAGAGAAAAGCAGCUCCUUCAUCAAGAAGCUGGUACCCGGAGAGCGGCAUAUUCACCCUACCGUCUCUUUUCCGGGGAGGACGCGGUAUCGUCGGCUUCGAUGCAGGUGGCCGUAGAAGGGCUGACUGUCGACGUGGCAGACGUCGUAGAAGGCGUCAGUUUAAUGAUGGCCAUGUAUUGGGCCUUCGACAUUGAGUAUCGGCCUAGUGCGAGAAACACCUUGGUGAUCCUCGAGCGAGCAAUGGGCGUUAAGGAAACCACUAUAACCAUGACUGCUCUAAAGGUCAUUGGAAAUCUUUAG